AUGAAGAUGUUAGAUGCUUGGGAUAUCUUAUUGUCAAAGUUAGAAGAUUUUUCAGUUCGUGGUAUAAAGUUUUAUACACCUUCUCCAAACUUCUAUUCUAUCUUCACUGGAUAUAAAUAUGAACAAGUAGAAUGGAAAGAAAAUAUUAUAGAAGCUUGGUUAGACCAUGUCAAAGAAAUUAUAUGCAAUGGAAACGAAAAGGUUUAUGAGUAUAUCUUAUGUUGGUUUGCAAACAUCUUACAACAUCCAAGUGCUAAAAAUGAAACUGCUCUCAUUAUAAUUGGAAAACAAGGAACAGGUAAGAACACAUUCUUUACAGAUAUCUUAUGCAAACUAUUAGAGGGCUAUUCGAACCCGAAUAUGACAAACUUAGAAAACAUCUGUGGCAAGUUUAACUCCUCAAUAGAGAAUAUGAAACUUAUAGUUUGCAAUGAACUUCAAAGUAUAGAUACAACAAAAGUUUUGAACUCAGAUGCUUUGAAGAGUCUUAUAACAGACAAAGUUGGAGUUGUUGAAAGAAAGUAUAAAGACCAAAGAGUUUGUGAAAAUGUUGCAAACUUCAUUAUGGUUUCAAACAAUGUUGUUCCGAUGAAGUUAGAAAGUUCUGACAGAAGAUAUGUAGUUGUCAGAACGUCAGAUUCUCAUAUGCAAGAUACAGAAUAUUUUGACGACUUAGCAGAAACUUUGACAUCUGACUUUUACAACCACUUGUUCUCAUAUUUUAUGACAUUAGAUAUUUCAAAGUUCAAUCCAAGACAAAUUCCACAUACCGAAGAGAGACAAACAUUGUUAGAAGCAAACAAGAGUGUAUAUGAACUGUUCAUAGAUGAAACUGACUUUGAGUGUUUAGAUGAAAGGUCAUUGUACGAUUC